AUCAAUUCAUGAUGUACUACAAAUUCGUUGGCCUGGUUCUUGCACUCUGUGCUGUUGCCUAUGGCUUGCCAUCAGCCUACGAUACUGAGAAUGUAUGGGUGGCUGGCAAUCUGUCGUAUCCCUUUCCCAGCAAUGCCAUUCUAGGAGGCUUCGAUCCCUAUGGCUAUAAGAUCUAUGUGGGUCGUGUCAAGUAUAGUUCUGACAUUCUGCCCGCUCGCGUAGUGGCCGAAACAGGAACAGCGAACUUCAACACAGAUUACACGUCUUCCAAGGCAUUCCUGUACGAUCUACUUGUCUCCACAGGCAACAACACAUAUGGGUGGGCACGCAGUUUUGAUGGCUUCUAUGAGAAAAACGCCGUCUCUGUGGGUACUUCGGCAAAGAGUGAGCCCACAUACAUUUGCCGUGCCAAGACUGAUGGUGGCAUAAUCUUUGGAACUCUCUACCUUACCAAGAAACUCUGCUACAUUAAAAGUGAUACUUUGUCUAUGCGUACAUUCGAUAAAUAUGAAGUGCUAAUUAAAGAAUAAUGGUUCAGCGUAUAAAUAAAACGAUUCGAUCUCUA